UGAUAAUAUUGAAAAGUUUUGAGUACGCCAGCUUAGUUUUAACGAAACAGUCGCUUAGAGCACGUCGCAGAAAUUAAGAUGCUCCGCUAUAUAUUGUUCCUGUUACUACAUUAUUUAUUGUGGAUUUCCAUUAAGAACGUUUGCGGUGAAGAUCUAGAUUCAAGCACGAUUUGUGACUGUAAUUGUGAUGUGGAAAUAGAUGUCGUUAAAACGUUCAUUCAGGAAUUGGAAGCUGCGCGAAAGCGGGAAGAGCAGCAAAGUGUUCGGAAAUCGAUGUCUUCAAGCUGUUUGGAGGCAGCAGCUGAGAGCUUCAAAAGUGGUAUUUAUAAUAUAACAUUAGAGAAGUUUAGUGACACAUCGUUUGCCGUAUACUGUAACGAAGAGGUGGACUAUGGUGGUUGGUUGGUUAUACAACGACGUGUCAGUGAUGCUGUGGACUUCGAUAGAGAUUGGCGGGAGUAUAAGAACGGUUUCGGGGUGCUGGAUGAAAAUUAUUGGAUUGGUUUGGAAAAACUACAUGCCUUCACCAGUAGUUGUCAGCAUGAGCUCUAUAUAGAAAUGCAGAGAUAUAGUGGUGAAAGUUAUUAUGCGCGCUACUCGGAAUUUGUAGUCGGAGGUGAAUCGGAGGGCUAUCCUCUUAAAAUAUUGGGUACUUAUGAAGGCACUGCUGGCGAUAGCUUGAAACAGCACGUGGGUUUGAAAUUUACCACUCGUGAUCAGGAUAAUGACCUUGCCCCCGUAAAUAAUUGUGCUGUUGAUUUCAAAGGCGCCUGGUGGUUUAAAAAGUGUUACUCUAGUCAUCUUAAUGGACGAUAUGGACAAAGGAGCGAUGGCGUCGAUUGGAUCAGCAUAACUAGGGAGGAAUCUUUGAAAUCAGCGCAAAUGAUGAUACGCCCCACAGAGAAAUGCCUAAGACGCAUGUCACUGAAGACCAAAUGAUUUCAUAAUUUUUUAGAAACGGUUUUAAUUUUUAUUAAUUAAACGUAUUUUUAAUUUUUUAUUAAA